ACAAAGAUUUACGAGAGGUUGCUAGUUCCGACGUCUUUAAUUCAGUUUGUUGUUCUUGACUGGUGAAACAGUAGGUUAGAAGGUAACUGAAGAUUAACCGCAUUGAUACCACUGUCAGCAAACUGCAGCAAGUCAUAGGACAGAAGGGUAUGGUGGAGUGAGUAGAUCUCGACGCAGCCGAGAAGCCGUCUGCACGGGACCUGCACCUGUGUCUGUGUGCUCUGCACGAGACUGGAGUAGCAGGUGCUGAAGAUGACGUCACAGCAGGUGCAAUGGGCGGGAUGGCCGGUGCUUGUGGUGCUGGCGGCGCUGUUCUGGCCGCUGUGGCGAUGGUGGUGGGGGCGGCAGCGGCUGCGGCAGCUGGCGGCGCGCAUCCCGGGGCCCGAACCAUGGCCUCUGGUGGGCAACGCGCCGCUCUUCUGCAGGAAUCCCCAGCGCGCCUUCCAGACGGUGCUGGCGCUCAUAGAGCAAUACGGACCCACCAUCCGUAUCUGGAUCGGCUCCAAACUCUACAUCGUCGUCACUGACCCUCAGGACAUCGCGUGCGUGCUGGGGAAUUCUUCAGUGAUUUCCCGUGACAGCUACAUCAACAGACUAGCCAGCAAUUUAAUGGGCCAGUCCCUGAUCACAGCCAGCGGAGAACUGUGGAAGGCGCACCGCAAGAUCGUCGCACCAGCCUUCAGCUCCAACGUCCUGCAGGUGGUGCUGGACUACCUGCUGGCGGCCACGGAGUCUGGCGGCCGCCUCAGCGAGACUGAGCUGCAGGACGAGGUGAACACGCUGCUGUCGGCGGGCUACGAGACUACGGCCACCACCAUCUGCUUCGCGCUGCUGCUGCUCGGCAUGUACCCGCGCGUUCAGGACAACCUGGUCGCAGAGCUGGACGCCGUCUUCGGAGACGACCCGCAGCGAACCCCCACAGCGGCUGACCUGCGUCGCCUGCAUUAUCUCGACGCUGUCAUUAAAGAGACGCUGCGGCUGUUCCCGCCGGCGCCGAUCAUCCACCGCGAGGUGGAGACGUCGGAGCUGAAGAUCGGCGGCUGCACGCUGCCGGUGGGCGCCUCGGUGCUGGUGCUGAGCUACUCGGCGCACCGCCACCCCGACCACUUCGACAGCCCGCAGCACUUCUGCCCGGAGCGCUUCUCGGAGCCGCGCGCGCGGCCGCGCCACCCGUACGCGUACGUGCCGUUCGGCGCGGGCCCGCGCAUCUGCGUGGGGCGCGCCUACGGCCUGCUGCUGGCCAAGGCGGCCGUGGCGGCCGUGCUGCGCCGCCUGCGCGUCGAGUCGCGCCUCAGCUGGCAGGACCUGCGCGGC